AUGUUACAGAUGGAUGCAGAGGCUGAAGAUAAAACGCUACGUACUCGCUCUAAAGGAACCGAGGUGCCAGCGGAUUCUCUAAUCCAGGAACUCAGUGCUGCUGCCUAUGAUUGCUCCGUGGCAAAGAAGAGAAGGGCUGAGGAGCAGGCACCGGGCGUCCCCGUCAACAAGAGGAAAUCCCUGCUAAUGAAGCCCCGACACUACAGCCCCAGCACAGACUUCCAAGAAGACGGCAGAGACAGGCGCGAGGAGGACGGCCUCAUGGAAACACAGGAUCACUCCACUGCAGAAGAAAUUAUGACAAAACCUAUGGAUGAAAACCUUCAUUCACCUGCACAAGACAACUCCAAUAAGAAGGAAAACAGAUAUACUUGUUAUCAAGAGCUCGUGGUCAAAUCUUUAAUGAAUUUGGGGAAAUUUGAAAACAAUGUAUCUGUUCAGACCAUAAGUGAAGACUUAAAUGACAGUGGCAUCCAGUCUUUAAAAGCAGAGAGUGACAAAGCAGAUGAGUGCUUCAUGAUCCAUUCUGAUGAUGGAAGAGACAAAAUCAGUGAUGCACAGGCACCGUUCUGCUCCUCUGAUGACAGUGAAAGUAACUCCGAAGGGGCAGAAAAUGGCUGGGACAGUGGCUCCAACCUCUCAGAAGAAAUCAAACCACCUAGAGUCCCAAAGUGUGAUUCUGACACAGAAAGGAGCGACCCACAGAAUGCUCAAGCAGAAGUCUUAGAUGGCAAAGCUCAGCCUCUGUUCCCUGAGAUUGAGGCAGAAGGUGGUGAGAGCCUGGCAACGGUGCCAGAGGAAUCCAGUGAACUGAAGCAAGCAAAGGGAAACUUAAGUUUGCUGGAGCAAGCGAUCGCUCUGCAGGCUGAGCGGGGUUGUGUCUUCCAUAACACCUACAAAGAGCUGGACAGGUUUCUCCUGGAGCACCUAGCAGAAAGAAGGCAGACCAAAGUUAUUGACACGGCUGGAAGACAGAUCUUUAACAAUAAAAAUUCACCAAGGCCUGAAAAGAGGGAGACCAAGUGCCCCAUCCCCGGGUGCGAUGGCACAGGACACGUGACGGGGCUCUACCCCCACCACCGCAGCCUUUCGGGGUGUCCCCACAAAGUGCGGGUCCCCCUGGAAAUUCUUGCCAUGCAUGAAAAUGUGCUCAAGUGUCCCACGCCAGGAUGCACCGGGAGGGGCCACGUGAACAGCAACCGUAACACCCACAGGAGUCUUUCUGGUUGUCCAAUUGCUGCAGCUGAAAAGUUGGCAAUGUCCCAGGAUAAAAAUCAGCUUGAUUCUCCCCAAAGCGGGCAGUGCCCUGACCAGACCCACAGGACAAGCUUAGUGAAACAAAUUGAAUUCAAUUUCCGAUCACAAACCAUCACCUCUCCCAGAGCUACAGUGUCAAAGGAACAAGAGAAAUUUGGAAAAGUACCAUUUGAUUAUGCCAGUUUUGAUGCCCAAGUUUUUGGUAAACGCUCCCUUGUACAGACAGGGCAAGGACGAAAAACACCACCAUUUCCUGAAUCAAAGCAUUUUUCAAAUCCAGCGAAAUUUCCUAAUCGGCUGCCUAGUGCAGGCGCCCACACACAGAGCCCUGGUCGUGCCAGCUCCUACAGCUACGGUCAGUGCAGUGAAGACACCCACAUAGCAGCAGCUGCUGCCAUCCUGAACCUUUCCACCCGCUGCAGGGAAGCCACAGACAUCCUCUCCAACAAACCACAGAGUCUGCAUGCCAAGGGAGCUGAGAUAGAAGUGGAUGAAAAUGGCACGUUGGACUUAAGCAUGAAAAAAAAUCGGAUCCUGGACAAGGCCGCAGCUCCAGCUUCCUCUAACCCUUCCAUUCCAACUCCUUCCUCUUCCCCAUUCAAAACAAGCAGCCUUCUGGUCAAUGCUGCGUUCUAUGAGGCCCUGUGUGUGCAAGAGGGCUGGGACACUCCUAUCAACUACAGCAAAACUCAAGGGAAGACAGAGGAGGAGAAAGAGAAAGACCCAGUGAGCUCUCUAGAAAAUUUAGAGGAAAAAAAGUUUCCUGGAGAGGCCUCCAUACCAAGCCCCAAACCCAAGCUCCAUGCAAGAGAUCUCAAAAAGGAACUAAUCACCUGCCCAACACCAGGCUGUGAUGGAAGUGGCCACGUAACAGGAAACUACGCGUCUCAUCGCAGUGUUUCUGGAUGUCCAUUAGCAGAUAAGACUCUUAAAUCCCUCAUGGCUGCGAACUCUCAGGAGCUGAAGUGUCCAACCCCAGGCUGUGAUGGUUCCGGCCAUGUGACUGGAAACUACGCUUCUCACAGAAGCUUGUCUGGCUGCCCUCGUGCAAGGAAAGGUGGUGUCAAAAUGACCCCAACCAAGGAAGAAAAAGAGGACCCUGAACUUAAAUGUCCUGUGAUAGGAUGUGAUGGACAAGGUCACGUGUCAGGUAAAUACACAUCACACAGGACGGCUUCUGGCUGUCCCCUGGCUGCCAAGAGACAGAAGGAGAAUCCUCUCAAUGGGGCCUCCCUCUCCUGGAAACUGAACAAACAAGAACUGCCGCACUGUCCCCUGCCAGGCUGCAAUGGGCUGGGCCACGUCAACAAUGUGUUUGUCACCCACAGAAGCUUAUCUGGAUGUCCUCUCAAUGCCCAAGCUAUCAAAAAGGGGAAGGUCUCCGAGGAAUUAAUGACCAUCAAGCUCAAAGCCACUGGAGGUAUAGAGGGUGAUGAAGAAAUUAGGCAUUUGGAUGAAGAAAUAAAGGAACUGAAUGAAUCCAACCUUAAAAUUGAAGCAGAUAUGAUGAAACUUCAGACCCAGAUCACGUCCAUGGAGAGCAACUUGAAGACCAUCGAAGAGGAGAACAAGCUCAUAGAGCAGAACAAUGAGAGUCUCCUGAAGGAGCUGGCGGGGCUGAGCCAAGCUCUCAUUUCAAGCCUUGCCGACAUCCAGCUUCCGCAGAUGGGACCUAUCAGUGAGCAGAAUUUUGAAGCAUAUGUAAAUACACUCACAGACAUGUACAGCAAUCUGGAACGGGACUAUUCCCCGGAAUGCAAAGCUCUGCUGGAAAGUAUCAAACAGGCAGUGAAGGGCAUCCAUGUGUAGGAUCACAGCGCUGCCGGGCAACAGAAAUUACCAACAGCCG